AUGAGCAGUUGUUACGCUCUGACAGCGAGAGGUCUGGUUAUCCGCCUUGACCCAUUGCUCAAUGAGGAGCCUUUGAUUGGAGGCAUUGUGGCCUACUUCAUCGAUCCGCCAGUGGUGGACUUCCGCAUGACACCCGGAAUUGCACAGGUGGCAGAGCUGGGUCCUCUGAACAAGGUUAUCCGAGAUCUCCUCCAGUCCGCCAUCCACGACCAGCUCCUGCUCCCGAAUGUCAUCCAUGUCCCCAUGGUUGACGAUGAGGACUUGGUGGACACGGCCAGCGUAAGAGAUGCGAAGCCGCUGGGAGUGCUGAGAGUAACUAUGGUGAUGUUGAAGCUCCUCACGGGCCUGGCGUUGGCUUGGCUGACGGUCGGCGCGCCCAGCAGCCCCGGAGGGAGCCCCAGCAAGGCCAAUGCCACGCAGGCUCGAAGCAACCUGCGAGGACCAUCCGUAGCCUCACCGGACGCAGCACCAGCAGCACCAAAUGCAGCACCAAGCGCAGCACCAGACGCAGCACCGGACGCAGCACCGGCCGUACCCGACGGUAAUGUCCGCUCCGUUUGCCAGAGCCGUCCAUUUGACAGCAGCCUUGGGCCUAACGGAGGCGAGAACAUGGCGCAAUGCCAGGGAGAUUGUGACGGAGAUGAGGACUGCGCGGGGGGGUUGAUGUGCAAGCAGAGAGACAAUGGCGAGUCUGUUCCCGGAUGCAGUGGGGGCCUCUCCUGGCCGCAGAUGGACUACUGCUACGACCCGCAGUGUGAGGACGACGAGGAAGGCUUGCCACCUUUGGACAGCAGUUUCGGUCACAGAGGUUCGACAGACAUGCCGAAAUGCUCUGGGGAUUGUGACGAAGAUGGGGACUGUGCUACGGGCCUCAAGUGCUAUCAGAGGUCCGGUACCACGACAGUGCCUGGAUGCUCAGGCACAGGGGUUCCCGAUUUUGAUUACUGCUACGACCCGGCGGAUGCCCCCGAACCUCCCACCAUGCCUCCCGGAAGUGGACCAGCUUGCCUUUGUGUCUUCGAUGUUGACCGGACAUUAACGGGAAAGCAGGGCACUGCCAAUAAACCUGAGAAUGAUGGUGGGUGCCCGGCAGACAAAGAGAUUUACGGUAUAUGGGACACUGCCUACAGAGGCGGCUGGCUGACGAUUUCUGACGCUGGCCGACAUCUGAAGGAUACCUUCUGUAGCAAGUGCUAUAUGGGGAUAGUAUCAGCUGGUAUGGCCAGCGGGCGCUUCUCGCGAGAGCGAACCUACUUGCUGGAGAAUGUGCUGGUGGGAGAGCCCUUCCAGGCAUUGCUGUCCUCCAAUUCUCAGACCUCCCACUGGUCCGUCAGAUCAGUGCAUUCACCACUAGUUCUCGGAUGGCCGGAUGGGCAGAAGCAGGAUGCAGUUGCUGGCAUUGUGGCAUGGUAUGAGCAGCAGGGCAUCAGAAUCGCGGACGAAGACGUCUACUUCUUCGGCGAUCGCACAGAGAACAUCCCCCCCUUCGGUUCAACUUCUUUCAAUGCCCGCGAAAUCUCCUGUGUUUCGCGGGACAUGCGCAUUGACAAUGGCAUCGUCGGAUAUUGUGGCGCAACGGUUGAUGAGAUCGUGGAUACGAAGGGUGUCCACGUUUGCGGAGAUGCGACACCGACACCGACACCUUUGCCCCCGCCACCGGCCACAGAGGACUGCUUGUGUAUCUUCGACAUUGACAGGACUCUCACUGGAAAGCAGGAAGACCUCACGUCCCCCUUCUGCGACAAGAAUAAGGUGGAGUACAACAUUUGGGACACCGCUUAUACUCGGGGCUGGCUCACUCUUUCAGAGGCCGCUCAGACCUUGCCGGAGACUUUCUGCAACUCUUGCUACUUGGGUGUUGUCUCGGCUGGGGAUGCUGGAGGUCAUACCUCCCCCGAGAGGCCAUUCCUCUUGGAAAAUGUUCUACGCAGUGAGAAGUUCGACAAGAUGAAAAGCGAGAACAGCCAAGCGUCCACAUGGUCCGACUAUCCAACAGUGAAUUCCCCUCUCGUGCUCGAAUGGCCGAACCGGGAGAAGCAGGACGCUGCCGAAGGCAUCGUCUCCUGGUACGCACAGCAGGGUGUCACUAUUCCCCCGAACAAAGUGCACUUCUUCGGCGACCGGACGGAGAAUAUUGGACCCUUCGCUGAGAAGGGCUACAAUGCUAGAGAGAUCUCAUGCAACGAGCUCGAUUUCCCUGUGGGAGAAGACGACCACAUGCUGCGUCUGGAGGUGUGGUAUCCCGGCUUGGCCUGGGAUCAGAGUCUGGGCUUCGUGGAGGAGGAUCUUGACACAACCAACACAGGUUCCUGGCAUUCGAUGACACGAAGACUGCGGCCGAACGAGCAUGGAUCUCUGCAGUAUGAUGUGCGCUUCGAGCCCGAGGGCAUUUCAUCAGCGCGCCAUCUUGCCAGGAAUAUGCACGACUUCUUCGUCUUUGACUACAACCAGAAACUGCAAGUCUCAGUCAGCGACGUGGGCCGCUGGGGAUCACCUCGCUCCCUCGGCACUACGAAGAAGCGGAAGAUCUCAGAGCUGCUGUGCUGGGGAGGUGUCUGCAACGGCUCGGUGCAAAUGAAUCUCCACGAACUGGCGAACAACACAGAGGUUUCCCUCGGUACAGUCACACUUCAUGCCGAGUGGCUAGAGAUCAUCCCCCACUCUGUGGACUACGAUGAAGGUUUGGUGCAGUUCCACAUUGACGAGGUCUUCGUGCCGGAGACUGUCAAAAUGGAUCAGAUCGCAUUGUCCGUGCGAGUGGGCGAAGAACAGUUGCGGACACCCUUGGUGCGUUGCAAAGGGGGCGAGGCAGCUGACCAAGAUGGGAAGACGAGACAGUCCAUUUCGCGCACCCAGAGCAUCUUCCAGAAUGUCGCGGGAGCUGGGAACUGCAGCCCCCGUGCCUGGACCCCGGAGUCCGGAGCCAAAAUGAAGAACAUUCAGACUUGGCUUUCGAGCCUGCUUUUGGCGCUCUGGUUCCUCCGCCUUGAUGCAGCCACGCUACGGCUGCGGAGAACAAAGAUGACGUCUGCCGAGCUGAGGAUGUCAGCUCGAAUGAAGGCCAUGGCACCGGAGAAGGCCACACUCGCGAACAUGGAAGCAUCUGUCUUGAAUAUGGCCAAGCUACAGUCGGAGCGCAGCGACUCGGCUGCAACAAACUUGACGGCCUUUCUCAAGGAGAUACAGCAGUUAAUCGACAACAGCAUGAAGAAGAACAUCCUGCUGCGCAUGAACCAGACCCAGAUUGAUAUGGACGAGGCUUGGGCGAACUUGACUAGCUGCAGCCACCCCAACGACACCGGGUUUGUGGAGGAGCUAGCAGAUCUGGAUGCGAAGCACAUCCAGUGUCGUCAGACGGAGGCCGACCUUUAUGCCAACUUUCAGACGACCUGCGUUGUGGGCUGGCAGAUCUAUGUGGAUCGGAUUCAUGCUCUCUGCAGCGUUUACAUGCAGGCUCAGCAGCUCCCAAGUCCGACGAGCACCUGUGUCAUGCAGCAGGGCACGCCAGUCCCAACCAUUGGCAACUACUUGAAGGGUAUGGCUGCGCACUUCAAGGGAGAGUAUGAGGCAGUAGUAGACAAGCGUCUCAAAUGCCAAAACGCCUCUGCUACACCCUUCGCCGAUAUGGAGCUGUGCAAACAGAUGAUGUGCCAUUACUGGGACACCCGUCUUGAUUGUUCCAAGAAGCAGGCAGCCUUUGAGCAGCGAGCUUGUGAGUUACACAAGACCUACACUUGCAGCAAGUUCGCGGAAUGCUACUCCGAAAAGGUGGAAAUCUAUGAAGACAUUGACAGCCUGGCAAAGCAGACAGAGGUGGCAGCAAAGGCAGAGUGGAGGAUUGUUCAGAGGAUCGAAUGCUACAUCUCCGCUUUGAGCAAACCCAGAGACGAGCUGUCGGCAGCGAUUGAUGAAUGCAAGGGGCAGCUCUUCCCCACCAAGCCCGUCGAACUUGUUUACAAAGGGCCCGCGCCGGCUGUGAAGCCGUGUGCCGAGGUCUAUUUACAACCGGGAUCGGCAGUGUUCUCUGCGUCCUGGUACCACGCAGCUCCAUUGCAUGCGCCUGCUGAGAGCUGCACGUCGAGCUGUUGCAUGGAUGGAACUUUCAGCUCUGCAUAUCCACCAGGCUUGCCGUGUCCGUAUGUUCCUCCGAGUGUCGUGGCUUGA